UUUUAAUCUCGAUCAAACACAAACUCUUUAGAUAUUUUAGAAAAUAUAAAUUCUGCAAAAAUGGUUAAAAUGCGACUAAAUUACAUUAACUCACAUCUCAAUUCUAGAGUUUUGUAUAUGUGUCAUGCAUUUCAAAUUUAUCUUUAUGUGAAUAAUAAAAACUACCUUUUUAUAGAAAUAUCUUUCGUUCGAAUUAAAUUUCAUCAACCAACAGCUCUUACAAUUUUUCUUAAACAAUUUGAGUACGACUCAUGAUCCAUGGAAGGAGGAGUCGUCGAUCGAUUGAAUAUCGGGGUAGUACAACUCGAUUUGGAUGAAGAACAAGAGGGGCUUUCGUUUCUUCCUAACGGUGGGGCGCCGCCGGCUGAAAUUAACCUCCACACCUGGACGAUUGCUGGUCGAUUUCUCACAGAUAAUGUUAUCAAGUUUGACAUAAUGCAAAGGGUUAUGGCUGCCGCUUGGAAACCAGCGUUAGGGGUGCGAAUUGUGCAAAAGGAUGAUAACCUAUAUCUCUUUCACUUCUUCCAUAUGAAAGAUGCAACCCGAAUCAUUGAAGAGGGUCCAUGGUCAUUUGAUAAUGCAACAUUAGUGAUGAAACUCCUUAGUCCAGGGGAGGUUGUUGAGGCAAAGGACCUGAAUAUGGUUCAGAUGUGGGUGCAAAUUUAUGAUCUCCCAGAUGGGUAUACUUCGUUGGAAAUUCUAGAGGCAGUGGAGUUGGAACCAGAGGAGUACCCUUUUGAUGCAUCUCUCCGGGCAGGGGGGAGGAAAAAGGAUACUAGUUAUGGUCUACAAUGGUUGCGCUUUGACAAUCCUUCAUUGGGGGAAGGCGGCGGGUUUUGGGUUCCAGGCCCGCCGAGAGCAAUGAGUAUCAUCAGUUGGAACUGCCGCGGGCUGGGCAACCUGCGGAUAGUUCAGGAAGUGGCGGAGCUCGUCUUCGCUAAAAAGCCUGAUUUUGUUUUUCUGAUGGAAACUAAAGGUGCUCGUGAUAAGGCUGAAGUUCUUCGUGUUAAGAUUGGUUUUGAGGGAUUGUUUGUUGUGGACAGUGUUGGUGCAAGUGGUGGUUUGGCAUUACUCUGGAGGUCAAACCGCUCGGUUAAUCUCAUUAGUUACUCACGGUUUCAUGUUGAUGUUAUGGUCUCCUUGGAAGGUGCUCUCCCUUGGAGGCUCACUGGAUUUUAUGGGAAUCCUAGAAGAGACCUUCGACAAACCUCGUGGGAUCUCCUUCGCUCAUUAAAGGUCAGAUCUUCCUUACCGUGGGUGGUCAUCGGUGAUUUCAAUGCGGUUUGUGCUUCUUCUGAGAAGAGAGGGGGUCAGCCUCAACCUCUUUCAUUGAUUUCUGCUUUUAAUUCAACUUUGGCGGAGUGUCGUUUGUUUGAUCUUGGUAUGCAGGGAUACCCUUUCACGUGGGAGCGGGGUAGAGGCACGGAGAAUUGGGUUGAAGAACGUCUGGAUCGUGCCGUUAGUACUUGUGAAUGGCGUGUGCUUCAUCCCCAUGCUUGCGUAAUAAAUCACCCCAUGCGAACAUCUGACCAUUCUGCUUUGUUUUUAUGUCUAACUAAACCGUGUACUCAGCGGCGGAUGAAACAGUUCCGGUUUGAAAAUGCAUGGCUUUGUGAUGACGGUUAUAAGGAUGUGAUCAAGGAGUCCUGGAAUUCAUCGUCAACACGUUCUCUCCACGACAGGUUGGGUUAUUGUGGGGCUGCUCAAUCAACUUUCUUUGAUCAGAUUACGCCGAAGGUUUCGCCAGUGCAUAAUGAUAUGCUUCUUAGGCCGUUUGAAGAAGUGGAGGUUCGAAAGGCUUCUCCUGAUGAGGCAGGUGCAGUGAGAGAUUGUUUGGUUGAGUACGAACGGAUCUCAGGUCAGAGCAUUAUGGCAGCCCAGGAGUUGGUUAAAGCGGGGGUACGCAGGCGUAUUGGGAAUGGGGUCGAAACAAUGGCGUGGGGUACGCCGUGGUUGUUGGACCGAGAUAACCCGUUUCUUCACACCGUGUUAGCUUCACCAAGUGCUAACUUGCCGGUGCAGAUGAUUCCAUGUUGCCCUCGGCGUAAAGAUAACUGGUUUUGGAUUGGUAGUGAGGACGACCUUUACUCAGUGAAGUCAGGGUAUCGUAGGAUUAUGGGGGAGGCUACCCAAACUCCAGGUUUUUCACAAUGGAGCCGACUGUGGAGGAUUCCAGUAGCUCCCAAAGUUAAGGUUUGUGUUUGGCGUGCACUGCGAGGUAUCCUCCCAACUGUUUCGGCCUUGAAUUCCAAAGGUUUGGAAAUUGAUAAUUGUUGUUCCAUUUGUGGCCAGCUGAGUGAAGCAGUGGAUCAUUUGUUUCUUCGUUGCCCGUUUGCAGAAUAUGUGUGGAAACGCAGUAGCUUCCAGGUGGCUAAUCGAUCGGCGGCGAGUUCGUUCUCGGACUGGGUUCAACUGGUGUUUCAGACAGCCACGUCCAGUGAGCUAAUCCACAUUGUGUGGACAAUCUGGAUGAUUUGGAAGUGUAGGAACGCAGCCGUAUGGGAACAACGGGUGCCAACCCCAGAGGUAACAGUUCGCAUGGUGCUGAAUUUUUCGAAAGGGUGGGAGAAUAGUCAUAGAGAGGAUCCCCCCACCUUAACUCCUUCGGCAGAGAGGGUUUUCCCCCCUGAAGCUGCCCAUUGUUUUUUUGAUGCUGCUCUAUUCCAUGCUUCGGGUCUGGUUGGUGCUGGUGGAGUGAUUUUCUCCUCUUCUAAGGAAUUUCAAGCGGCUUUUGCUCGACGGUUGUGGUGCCCGCAAGAUCCAUUGUUGGCAGAAGCUAUGGCAUGCCGGGAGACUUUGUCGUGGCUCAAAAGUCUUGGAGUCUAGGUUGCUGUUAUUUUUUCUGAUUGUUUUCGUGUCGUAGAGGCAAUUAAUGAUAGUGGUGUGUCGGAUUGUGCUUCUUAUUUCGGGUCUUUGAUUGAUGACUGUAAGGCCCUCAUGGCCUCGUUUGAAUCUGUUUUGGUUUCUCAUGUUCGUAGAAGUCUCAAUGUGGUAGCGCAUACGUUAGCUAGGCGGGUUGAAACUCAGACAGGUGAUUGGGAUUUUGUUCCCCCUCAUUUUCUUAUGUCUCUUUUGAAUUAAUGAAAGUUGGUUGUUCUA